AUGCAGGAUUAUGUUGAUACUUCUAGAAAUCAGAGAUGUAAACAUCCAUUAGCCAACAACUUGUCUUAUAAGAAUCUGAGUCCUACUUAUCAGUGCUAUUUAUCCAAAUUCUCCACUUUGACUGAGCCUCAGCAUUAUAAACUGGCUGUAAAAGAUGAAAGGUGGGUGGAAGCUAUGAAAUCAGAGGUUCAAGCCUUGGAAGCUAACAACACAUGGGUCAUUGUUGAUCUACCUAAAGGGAAGAAUACUGUUGGUCUUAGUGGUGCUAAGCCUGUUAUUACUCCCUUAGAGUCUAAUGCCUGUCUCACCUCUAUUGAGUAUGAUCAAGCAACAGGUGCACAAGGUGAUGAAUUAUUGUAUGACAUUUCCUCUUACCAAAGACUUAUUGAGAAGCUUAUGUAUGCCACUAUUACAAGGCCAGACAUUAACUUUGCUGUCCAAACUCUCAGCCAAUUCAUGCAUCAUCCCAAGAAGUCUCACUGGAAACAGCUACUAGGAAUAUUACUUACUGGUUAUGCUAUUCACUUUGGUGAAUCACUCAUAUCAUGGAAGUCCAAGAAGCAGCACACUAUUUCCAGGAGUUCUGCUGAAGCUGAGUACAGAAGCAUGGCUUCAUCAAUUGCAGAACUCACUUGGCUGAUUGAUUGGGAAGAGAUCUCUCACCUUUGGGCUGAUGAUGACAAAGUUAGAGAGGCCCUCCAUGUUCUAAGAGGUAGUAUUGGAAAAUGGAAGCGAUGUGCUGGUAAUGCUUUGCCUUUUCAAAUGAUAGUAAUGAACAGCAUACCAAAUCAUGCAAAUCUAAGUGGAAAAGGCUAUAGAUCCUUAAUAUACAGUGGAGACCAUGACACGAUGAUUCCUUAUACAUCAACCCAAGCUUGGAUAAGAUCUCUUAACUACUCUAUUGUUGAUGAUUGGCGACCAUGGAUUGUUGACAGUCAAGUUGCCGGGUAUACAAGGACAUACUCAAAUAAAAUGACAUUUGCCACAGUGAAGGGUGGAGGACAUACAGCUCCAGAGUACAAGCCUGUUGAAUGUCUAGCCAUGCUGACGAGAUGGUUAUCUUAUCAACCUCUAUGUAGCAAAGAUGUUUGUUCAGAUUUACAUUCAUGUGUGUGCAUUAUGAAUCAUCAACCAACUGUCUAUUUUAUUGGAAGUCUCUAUGACCAAAAAAACAUGGCCAAAAGAAAGAGAAGUCUUGUGCUUUGCUGCAAUUUGUUUUCAGUUCUUCUUUUUCUUGUUGCAGAAAUAUUGCAUUUUCCUGAGCGUGUUGUGGCUGCUGGUUCACCCGUCAAGUUUCUUCCGGGAUUUAAAGGGACGCUUCCCUUUGAACUUGAAACUGGGUACAUAGGAGUGGGUGAUUCAGAUGAUGUGCAACUAUUCUACUACUUUGUUAAGUCUGAGUCUAAUCCAAAGUUAGACCCUCUUAUUCUAUGGCUAACUGGAGGCCCUGGCUGCUCUGCUUUAUCUGGCCUUCUCUUUGAGAUAGGUCCAAUAACGUUGGAGCCUGUGGAGUACGGUGACUUUAAGCCAGCACAAUAUAAUAGUAGCUUCCCCUCAUUGGUCUUGAAUCCUCAUACAUGGACAAAGGUUGCAAGCCUUAUAUUCUUAGAUCUUCCAGUUUGUACUGGAUUUUCCUAUGCAAGAACUUCAGCUGCUCGACAAUCAGAUGAUAUGCAAGCUAGUGAUCAUGCAUAUCAAUUUCUUCACAAGUGGUUCAAUGGUCACCCAGAAUUCUUAAGAAAUCCAUUUUAUGUGGCUGGGGACUCUUAUUCUGGAUUAGGCGUACCAAUCGUUUCUCAACUCAUCGCAAAUGGAAAUGAGAAGGGACUUGAGCCAUUUAUCGAUCUUAAGGGAUAUUUACUGGGAAAUCCAUUGACAUAUCGUGGUGACUACAAUUACGGGAUCCCAUAUGCUCAUGGAAUGGGACUUAUUUCUGAUGAACUUUUUGAGAGAAACUGUAAAGGAGAGUAUUUCGAUAAACAUCCUAGCAACACACAAUGUCGGAAUUAUCUGCAGACUUAUCAUCAGAUGCUAGGUGGAAUUAAUUAUGCGCACAUUUUGGAGCCCAAGUGUGAGUCUGCUUCACCAAGGCCACAAAAAUGGUUAGGCCAAAGAAGGUCUCUUGAUGAAAUGCUAUAUCUUGGACGGCUAAGAUGUCGAUUUGACUGGGAAGAGAUCUCUCACCUUUGGGCUGAUGAUGACAAAGUUAGAGAGGCCCUCCAUGUUCGAAGAGGUAGAAUUGGAAAAUGGAAGCGAUGUGCUGGCGAUGCUUUGCCUUUUCAAAAGAUGGUAAAAAACAGCAUACCAUAUCAUGCAAAUCUAAGUGUCAAAGGCUAUAGAUCCUUAAUAUACAGUGGAGAUCAUGAUAUGGUGGUCCCUUACACAUCAACCGAAGCUUGGAUAAGAUCUCUCAACUACUCCAUAGUUAAUGAUUGGCGCCCAUGGAAUGUUGAUGGUCAAGUUGCCGGGUAUACAAGGACAUAUUCAAAUAAAAUGACAUUUGCCACAGUGAAGGAAAGCAACUAUUUGACUUCUAUUAACCAGUUUCAUUUACUUUGGUUUUCUCCUGUGUCUCUAUUAAGUUAACAUUUUAUGUAUUUUGAACUCUUUGUGCAGGGUGGAGGACAUACAACUCCAGAGUACAAGCCUGUUGAAUGUCUAGCCAUGGUGAAGAGAUGGUUAUCUGAUCAACCUCUGUAAUUAAUGUGGAAUAUAUUUCAAGCUCUUCAUGAAGCACCAUAGCAUUGCAAUUGAUUAUAUAAUUGAGUGGUUAUGUACUUAGAGAAAAGAAUGUUAGAACCAAUAAUAAGCCAAAAUGGCAGUUCUAUCAUUGAGGAUGGCAUCAAAUUAAUUUUGCUUCCAUGGCCAAGUUCCAUUAUGUCAAUUCAAAGCAAAAAAGAAAAAUUGAUGAACAAAGAAUGUCAUUUAUAGAACUUA